AUUUUCUUUUCGGUUUUGUAUUUAAGUUGAUGGGCCUCAUUUCACUGUCUAGAAAUCGCGAGAGUCACUUGAAGAAGAAGAAUUUCAGUUAAGUUAAGAAAAUGGGUCCGAUGAGAAGUUUGAAUCUUUGGAGUGUUUUGUUGCGAAUUCUAUUUGGGUUAUGGUUAGUUUUUGUGGUGGUAUGGCCUGUGAAUGGAUUAAGGCCUUUAAGGCAGAGGUCGAGGUCUUUGAGUGUGGAGUGGCUCCCUCUAGGCAAUCAAGAGAAUGAAUUGGGUCCGUUUUCAUCUUGGAAUAUAACAGGGACUUAUCGAGGAAAUUGGAAGUUUCUAGAAUCCACAAACGCCUCAUCCAAAUUUCCAUAUUUUACGAAUUCAAAUGGGAACUCCGUACUGGAGUUGAUUAGUACUCCCACACAAAUAGCUGGGGUACACUAUGUUCAGGGGAUUAUGAUAUUUCAUCAUGUGUUUGACAAUGAGAAAGAUGUUCGUGGUGCUCAAAUCAGGCUAGAAGGUGUGUACUUAUGGCCUUUUAGACAGUUGAGGCUGGUAGCUAACAGUGGAAAAGAGGUUGACUUUGGGCAGGAAGAUGAUUACUUAUUAACUAACACUUAUCACUUGAUGGGAGUCUUCUCCUCCCAGUUGUUUCAGGAGACUUCCAGCUGGAAGUGGAAAUAUUCUCCCAUUCAUGAAAUGGAGAAACAUUGCAAUUUUGAAAUUGCGGCUCAGGUUUCUCUUCUCUCCUCGGGAAAAGAUGGCUUAUUGUUUUACAAUGGAGAUCAAGAGAAAUAUUAUCUAGAAGGACUAAUGGAGAGUCGUUCGGUGGAUGAUAACAUGGACUGCUUUUCACCUAUGCAUUUAAAUGCUACUACAGUCAACACUGAUGUCUACUACAAUAAAGCAAUUAACUAUACUUUGAUGCUUAUCUUUGUAUCCUUUGCCAAUUAUAACAUCUCUUUCCUUGAAGUUCUAAUGUUAAACCGACAAAUGGAACACAGUAACACCGAAACU